CUUCCUUACAUCCCCCCGACCAACACUGCUCCAGAUCUCCCACCUCUCCCUGUCCACUUCAAUCCUCUCUUCCCAGAUCUCUUACAUUAACCAAACCAAACACUAUUAUGUCUCUGCAAAUCAUCAAAGUCCUCGAAUACUGGGCAGAAGGAGAGAUCACUAACUUCAUCAAGGUAUGGGCUCUGGUCGUCGCCUCUCUUUCCUACUGCUUCUUCGCUGCCAAACACCUCCCUCCAGGCUUGUCCAGAUUCUUGGCACUUCUCCCUGUCCUACUUCUCAACCUCAUCCUUCCUCUCACUCUUCACACCAUGCAUCUCGGCGGCUCCUCCGCUUUCUUCCUCGCUUGGCUCGCCAACUUUAAGCUCCUCUUGUUUGCUUUUGGGAAGGGCCCUUUAUCCGACCCUUCCGUUUCCCUUCCAAGAUUUGCAGCCCUCGCCUGUCUCCCCAUCAAAUCUGCUGGUUGUGUCCCUAUAUUAGUUGCAGACGAGAAGCUCGUGAGUCUUAAAAAGACGGAUAAAUCGUCUGAAAGUAAAACUGUGAGGCGAAAAGGAUCAGGUGGCGAGGUACCAAUUGAGUCGCAAGCUGCAUCCAAAACGUCUAAACAGGGGCUGAAAUCCAUGUGGAAUUACGUGACAAAAGGGUUGCUCAUUUGCCUGUUCUUGAAGCUGUACGACUAUACUGAUAUGAUUCAUCCAAAAUUGACAUGGGUUCUCUAUAGCCUUCACAUUUACUUCGGGCUGGAAAUUAUCCUGGCGAUUUUCGGGGGGUUGGCUAAAGCCCUGGUUGGGAUAGAGCUGGAGCCGCAAUUCGACGAGCCAUAUCUCUCGGCUUCAUUGCAAGAGUUCUGGGGUCGGAGAUGGAACAUCAUGGUCACGCGUAUUUUACGGCCGACGGUCUACGAGCCCGUACUGUAUUUCUCGACGCUGAUCAUAGGCCGGAAAUGGGCCCCACUUCCUGCUGUGAUGGGCUCGUUUCUAGUCUCGGCUUUGAUGCACGAGCUGAUAUUUUUCUACCUGGGCCGGAGGAAGCCCAGUGGAGAGAUCACCUUGUUUUUCAUGCUGCAUGGGGUGUGUUUAGCGAUCGAGGUAGCGAUCAAGAAAGCCAUCAACGGCAGGUGGCGGCUGCCUAAGUUGAUGGCGGCCCCUCUGACCGUUGGAUUUGUGAUGGUGACAGCGUUUUGGUUGUUUUUCCCUGAGUUUUUGAGGUGUGAUUCGUUACCGAGAGCGAUCAAUGAGUAUGCUGCCAUCGCUUCGUUCGUGAAGGAUGUUACUGAGGCUUUGACUUUCGGAUCUCUUAAUAAUGUUACCGUCGUUUGAGAAUGUUUCAUUUUCUACGUACGGUUCUUGCAGUUUUCUUGAUGAUAUUGAGUUUUUGGUGGACAAAAAUAAUAGUUUACUCGACUCA